CCCAACCCAUUACGAACUCUGCAAGGCAUUAAAAAGGGGGCUAGUACCGAAACUCAAUCCGGGCUCAAACGACGAUGUAGUAAAGUCCGGACACAAACAAACCAUAAAAAAAAAGAACAACAGAGAAUGACAUCGAACUUCAUGGAGGGUGUUCUGGGGAGCAAGUUCCCCCCCGAUCCGAGCUCUCCCGGAUACGGACAGCACCGCAUGUAUCCGUACGUCUCUCUGUCUCCGCAAAGUUCUAUGUCCGUCACUGGCAACCUGUACUACACCUCGAACGCGGACUUUGCCAAAUCAUGUCGCUACAACAGUGGACAGGCCAACGGGCUGGACGCACCAACGGGGUAUUCGUUCGGCCUACAGAACGCAACACCGGGGGCCACGCCGACCAUGAUGACCCCCUCUCAGUUCUUCUCUCACCCCACUUCUACGGACCUCAGCUCGUCCCUCACCCAAUGCGGCCAACUGGGCAUGCGACAGCUUGAUCCCAUACCUGACGUGCCAAGGUAUCCCUGGAUGUCCAUAGCUGCCCUGAACUUUGCAGGACCGAACGGCUGUCCACGCAGGCGGGGCCGACAGACCUACACCCGAUUCCAGACGCUGGAACUCGAGAAAGAAUUCCACUUCAACCACUACCUGACCCGCCGGCGGCGCAUCGAGAUCGCUCACGCACUCUGCCUCACCGAACGACAGAUCAAGAUCUGGUUCCAGAACCGGCGCAUGAAGCUCAAGAAAGAGAUGCGUGCAGUCAAGGAAAUCAACGAACAGGCGCGCAUGGAAUCCUCCGCCUCCAAAGUCAAGGAGGAGGACAAAGAGAAGGACAAGGACAGGAAAACGACGUCCGACGGACAUCCCAAUUCCAUCAUCACCUCACCCAGCACGCUCAUACUAGACGACAAAAUUCGGAAUCCGAAGCCCUAGAGGGGUGGUGAUCCUGUUUCGUGUUCCCUUUUUAUAGUCAGGCUCUGGUAAAAGAG